AUGACUGGCCUCCCUUUAUUCUCGCGUCUCUCCUUGCGGCGCUCAGAUUCGCUCAGUGACACAACCCUAACAGAACGACGGCUUUCUGAUCUUUCCAACAAGUCUCUACACACUUACCAUGAGCCAAACCAGAAACCUCCUCGCCGGUGGGUUACAAGCUUCAAAUGCAGACUCGACCCUUUAGCCGUGGGGAAGAAGAAAGCCAGGAGAAAUCGUAUCCUUGUUAUCGUUGCGAUUAUCCUCGUACUGGGUGGUAUAGCUGUACUCGUGUGGUUCUCGCUUGUGCUUACUCUGAUCGAUCGACUUACACACACUGUCCCAUCGAACGGCCUCCAGAGGAUCGUCAAAACAUGGAAAGGCCCGGCAGACUCACUUGCGGCACUAUCUCCCUGGCCGAAAGACUUCAGCCAAGGCAUAGUACCGGUCCAAUGCCACUCUCACAACGACUAUUGGCGCUCAGUGCCACUAUACGAGGCCCUCGCGGCAGGCUGCACAGGCGUCGAGGCAGACGUCUGGCUUGAGGGCAGCGAUCUGCUCGUUGGUCACGGCAAGCGCUCGCUGACUCCGGAUCGUACGUUAAGGAGCCUCUAUAUCGAGCCACUGACAACUAUCCUCUCGAACCUAAACGCAGAUUCCUCCGCCAACAGCUCAGCAGGCGUAUUCGAGACCGAUCCCACAACCAGCCUUACCCUCCUGAUCGAUAUCAAAUCGGACGGAAAUGCAACUUGGCCGGUCCUCCUCGACCAACUGGCUCCUCUACGCUCUGGUGGAUGGCUAUCCCACUGGAACGGGACGAGCAAAACCCUUGUCAAUGGGCCUGUCACGGUCGUGGGAACCGGGAAUACGCUGUUUGAUUUGGUACUGGCAGAGGAAGAUCGCUACGUCUUCUUCGACGCCCCGCUGGAUGAGCUUGCGCAGAACUCCACCUACACCGCAGAAAACAGUUACUACGCCAGCGUCUCUCUGCAAAAAUCCGUCGGCGUUGUAUGGCCCUGGGGCCCAACGGACAACCAGAAACAGGCCAUGCAGAAGAUGAUCAGCGCUGCCUCGGAAAGGGGGCUACUCGCUCGGUUCUGGAGUAUCCCCUCCUGGCCUGUCAGCCUGCGCAUGAGAUUAUGGCGGUUUUUGGUGGAUAGUGGGGUCGGCAUGUUGAAUGUAGAUGAUGUAGUUGAGGCGACGAGGUGGAACUGGGACUGGUGUAUCGUGGCGGGGUUAGUGUUGUGUUGA